GGGAGCUUCUAGCACUGGGUCUGUCCUUUAUGCCGUAUUGCAGUCUGUCCAUUCACGUUUCUUUGACACUUCCAGAGAAGACCCUGUCACCGGUGGGAGCAAGCGCGUUAUCUGUGUCCAGAACAGAUUAGUUCAUUUAUUCGAGAAGACUUGCUCCCGAGCCGAUACUGGAAUCGCUCGUUUCGAGAAAGACAUGUGCAGGGGAAAGAAAAGGAGAAUUAAUCCAAGAAAUCAGAAUUGAUCUGUGCCUAGUCCCUACGAUGGUCGAUGCAGUGGGCACCGUGACCAAGAUUGUGGAAGUUGCACUAAAGAUCAAGAAGGCUGCAGACACGGUGAAGCAGAAUGAAGAUGCCUGCAAGCAAAUAAAAAGCCGCGUGGAGAUACUCAGUACUACGUUGUCGCAGCACCAGAAUAACACAGAGCUAAUGAACAACUCGGCAGUGAGGCUCGCACUUGAUGCGCUGGCCGAUAUCCUUGGUGAGGCCUUGAAGCUCGUCACCGACUGCCAGGAGGAGGACACCAACUUCCCGUGCCUUCUCUACAGUUCCGGGAAACUGUCCCAAGAGUUAAUGAAGGUGGAGCAACAUAUAUCCAAUAAGAACAUGGAUGCGACGUUGGCCAUCAUUGCUUUCCUUUUACCUAAACCAAUUGGUCCAGUCAGUUUACCUCCAGCUCAACAGGUAUGAUUCAUUCAGAACUUUUGUCAUCCUUGCGUGAUACUAAUGUCUUCCAGAGUGCUCAUUUGAAUGGCAAGACAAAUUGACAUGCUAUCCAAGUAACUCUCCAGCUGAACCAAUGUCCAGGCUUCCAGCAUACACACCUCCUCCCCCUACCCAUGAAUUAUACUUUUGACUUCUUCCAGCAUCUCCCUUGUAAUGGCGUUCGGCACUAUUGGAACUUCUAUCGAUGGGACCUACCACACACUAACUGGGCCGAUGCUAAACUGACCCAAAGAGGUUUGACGUGUUACAAAAUGGUUAGGUCGGCCAGAGAAGGUCAUACCAGUGACUUUUUUGCUAAUUAGACUGGCAUUGUCCAUGGAAACUCAUAUUAGAGGCUGUAGAGUGAGGAUGGCAAUCAGAAGUGGACCGGUCACACGAAAGAUUAAGCUCCUACCCCCCUCUCCCCUCAAACUCUUCAAUAAUUGUCAGUAUUUCAAGUCAGGAACACCCCUACCAUCAUUGGACACAAUGGAAAGGCACGUGUUCUAAUCAUGACUUGGAGUGGUAAAUAAUCUCUUUCCUCGUAUAUAUUUUCACGUCCGACCUUACUUACAUGUCCCUUCAGAAUUUUCAGGAUUGUCAUGUCGGCAAACAAGCGCCUUUCCAGUUCUUAGCAACGCAACCACCAAAUACGCUCCAACAGAUGUGCAGACAAAUUCAAGACGAGAGUGAUGUGGAUGUUCAGAUUGACUCAUUUACUACGAUAUUUGACAGAGCACUCAUGGCAAAACGGAUGUCCCAGGAAGAGAAUGAAGUCAAUCCUGACACAAGCUUAAGGGACAGCAAAUGGGAUUCCUCAGUGAUACAAGCGUACCAGAAAUGCACCUGCAGCACCCCGAGCACCAACAUAUAUUCAACCAGAAAGACAAACUUCGAGAGGUGUUGCAGCCCCCCUGCCCAAAUUUGCAGAAUGGGAUACGAUUCAAGAAGGUUGAGACUAAUUGUAGCCAUUUGAAGUGUUGAAAGCGUUAGCAUAUUUGAUAUCUCGUAUUGUUCUCACCACAGCGGUACUAUCAGCAACUUUGCUUAACGAUUGGAGGACAGCAAUAGUGGGAUUGUGUGAUUAGAGUCUGUUAAAUGAAUUUGGG